CGAGUAAGCAAGGAGCCGUAUCUAGUUGAGACAGUUAGGAACACAUCCUAGUCAUGUGUGCAGAUUUGUAGGCGGAAUUGGAAACGAAAGAAAGGAGUUUCAUUCUGGGAAGUUACAAAUUUACAAACGAUAUCAUAAUCUCUGAUGAAGGCGGAGACAGCGAUUGGACAGUCCACAAUCGUAAACGUUGCACAGCGUUGCCCAGGAUGUUAAGAAGGACAAGUAUCGCAGUGAGCUAUUUGGCAAUAUGUAUGUGGACAUGUUUGGAAGCAGUUCCCAUUGCUGUGGACCAGACCAAAGUCAGUCGACCCGCAGAGAAUCUGGAGCCACCCAAAAGUGUAGACACAGGAUUGCACUAUGACCGCUAUCUCAGAGAAGUUGUCGAUUUCCUAGAGAAGGAUCCACAUUUCAGAGAGAAACUCCAUAACACAGACAUGGAAGACAUCAAGCAAGGGAAGCUUGCUAAAGAGCUGGACUUUGUCAGCCAUCAUGUGAGAACCAAACUGGACGAGUUGAAGAGACAGGAGGUGAACCGACUGCGCACAUUGAUAAAAGCAAAGCAAGACAUCGAAGGAGGAAGAGGUUUAAAAAUAGACCAUCAAGCCCUGCUGAAACAGUUUGAGCAUCUGAACCACAUGAACCCACAUACAUUUGAGGUGGAUGAUUUGGAUCGUCUCAUUAAAUCGGCCACUCAUGACCUGGAGAAUUACGAUAAGGAGCGGCAUGAUGAGUUUAAGAGGUAUGAGAUGAUGAAGGAACAUGAUCGACGAGAGCGGCUGAAGACGCUGGAUGAGGAUGCGCGUAAGAAAGAGGAAGAACACUAUGAACAGAUGAGGAGGAAGCAUGCAGAGCAUCCCAAAAUAAAUCACCCUGGUAGUCAAGACCAAUUAAAAGAGGUCUGGGAGGAGGCAGAUGGUUUGGACCCUGACGAUUUUGACCCAAAAACUUUCUUCAACCUCCAUGACACUAAUGGAGAUGGCUAUUUUGAUGAACAGGAGCUAGAGGCACUAUUCACCAAAGAGCUAGAGAAGAUCUAUGACCCCACACAAGAAGAAGAUGACAUGGUAGAGAUGGAGGAAGAAAGACUACGCAUGAGAGAACAUGUCAUGAAUGAGGUGGACACCAACAAGGAUAGGCUGGUUUCAUUAGAUGAAUUCAUAAUUGCCACAAAGAGGAAAGAGUUUCUAGAGCCAGAUGCAUGGGAUACUCUGGAGCAGAAUCCUAUCUACACUGAGGAGGAGAUGAGACAAUUUGAGGAGCAUCUAACACGUGAAGAGAAUAACCUGAUUCAGAAGACUGCUGACCUUCAGAAACAGAGAGAAGAUCUGGAGAGGCAACAACAGCAGCUCAAUGCUCAGAAACUAGAGCUGCAACAGGCAGUGGAACACAUGGAACGCUUGAAAACCCAGAGAAUAGAACUUUCACCUGAGGCCAAAGGAAGCUCAGUUCCUGCAGCACAUCUAGAAGAAGCUGUGGGAGAACUACCAGGAAACAACCAGCCCCUGCCUCCUGCUUACAAACAAGACCUUCCCACACACUCUUAACACCUUGCUUCAGUUUCAUUCUGUAAUGUUCGUGUGCUGUGUUGUUUGACUCUGUAAUUGCUUUGAAAUAUUCAGUCCAACACAAGAGGGUGAUUAUUUAUGUAAAAUAAUUCUUGGACAUGAUUUAAAACCACUGUUGUUAUAAACUAUUCAGACUUUAAAAUGCAUUUGAAAACAUUCCACAAAUUAAGAGAAUAUUAGCAGUUAUGAUAUCUCAACGAAAGGUAGGUGUAUAGCAAGACUAUUUGUCCUGUUUCUUUCACCCAAGAUCGGGACGUUCUAUUCGUAUUCAGCAUAGUAAACAGGGCAGAGUGCGCAUAUUAUCUGUCUGCUCCUUUGAAAAUGUGCCCUGAGUAUCUUGCUGAACUUUCAGCUUCCAUUUUUCCUUAAAAUAUACAUUUCAAAGCCUGAGUGAACUCACAGUAACCCAAUUUUUUUUUUAUUGCCAACAGAGAUAAUUUAAAUUAUAAAUGCUGCUGUCCAUCCAUACAUCAUUCCAUAUAUCUACCCAUAUGUUCAACACUUCUUGUGAACUACAAGAGUAUACAUUUUCUUUAUUUUUACAUAACUUAGGUUAAACGCCGACUGAGUAAACAACGGAAUGGAGUAGCACUAAAUCAAAGCACUGAUUAUAACCUCAAUUUAUGAAUGUAAUUCAAAUGCAAAAUGAUUCCACACCUCUGGGAUUAUCAUGUUUUGGUAGUACAUCACUAUGGUUAUAUUUUAGGAAAAUUCCCAUUUUUCCUUGACCUACCUUCCCCUUGAUCCCACCAUAAACCUCGCCUGGGUCUGAUUGUUCUUCCUCAGGGCCCUGGGGCACGCAUCUCAGAACAAGUGACAGUCAGUCAUGCUGAGAAGCAUGUGCAGUUUAUUUUCUUCACACAUCAGAGUAUACAGGUAAAAAGACAGAACUAUUUAAAGAUUUGCAUAUUGAAACAAAACAGCAUAUCCAGAGACCAAGUAGUAUUAGUAGACCAUAUAAAGAUAAAACAGUAAUAGAAGAUCAUUUUUAAUGGAAGAUUACAGCAGAACAUAAAAAAGGAAUUCUUAUGCAGAAAUGUGUUCCAUCAUAAAACCUGUUUGUCAAUGGAAAAUUCUAACUGGUUUGCUUGCAGAGCAUCUUAUAUUUGUUGAAAUAAAUUGUGUUCAAAGGA